UCACUCCACUAUGAAACUAACAAUUGCUAUUUUGGUUUGUGCGUUCGUAGCCGUUUCCGAAUCCGGCCAUCUUAGUAGAAGACUCAAGCGGUCGUCAUACUGCACUGGGAACCUAUAUGUAAUAUUUGCUUCAUUGUGUGCAACAACAACACCCCCUCCUCCACCACCACCAGCAGCUUUACCAGCAUAUUGUUUCAGUCCCUAUUUCUGUGCCCUCUGUGGCACUUGUGCAACUACAACUACAACUACUGAAGCACCAACUACUGAAGAACCAACUACAACUACCGAAGAACCUACCACAACUACCGAAGAACCUACCACAACUACUGAAGAACCCACUACAACAACUGAAGAACCCACUACAACUACUGAGGAACCCACUACGACCACUGAGGAACCCACUACAACAACCGAAGAACCCACUACAACCACUGAGGAACCUACUACAACUACCGAAGCACUGCAGUUAUGUCCAGAUCCUUCAGUAACAACCAGAAGAAGGAGAAUGAUAGGUGGAGCAGCCACACCAGCAUGUGAUGCACCAGGAGUUGUAAAAGUAUAUCAUCCGGAUUUCAAUAUAGUUUUAUGCACUGGAAUUCUUAUUGAUGAAACAACUGUCCAAAUCCCAUCAUCAUGUGCAGAACUGGCCACUAUGCCAACGGUCAUGGAAGGUUUGCAGCUUACAGUUGGUGAAGGUGCGGAUGAACAGACUAGUGGAGCUGCAAGUUCUGCUGACGGAGCUAUCUCUGGUACUACAGAUAUAACUCUGACAACCCCAAUAGAUGUUACAAAAUGUCCUGGUUUACCUUGUAUAUAUGAUGCUGCUACAAUGGAAGGUUUCAUUGAUUUCACAACAUGUACCACUUCUGGUUAUGGUAUAGUUGAACCUUCCGACGGUAUAACUUAUACAUAUGAUGGUUUAAAUGGCUUCUCUAUUGAUUCUAUCUUCGAUUUUAAUUCUGCUGAUGCCAGUUCAUGUAAAAAACCUGAUGCAUUAGCUGAUGAUGUUGCUAUAAGUUGCGCUUCAUCAUCUCCUGGUUCACCGUGUGCUGGUGAUGGAGGAUCUCCUAUUAUAUGUGAAGCUAUAACUGGCGAAAAGGUCGUCGUUGGACAAAUUGAAGAGUUCCCUUGUGAUUCUUCACUUCCUUUAACUUUCAUUGAUUUUACUAAAAUGUAAAAGGAAAUAAAUAAUUAUUCUCUUUC